CCCACCGACUUCUGUCUCUCUCGAUGUCUCUCAACAGUUUCUGAACGGAUUGAAGGAAAGUGGGGGAGAAAAAAAAAAUGAGGAUGAUUAUUCUGUCUUGGCACUUUCUGGGAUUUUUUUCUGCCCUGUGGGGCUUGGCGGCGGGGGCUUUCCCCAGCUCAGUGCAGAUAGGCGGCUUGUUCAUAAGGAAUACAGAUCAAGAAUAUACAGCCUUUCGACUUGCCAUCUUCCUUCACAACACCAGCCCUAAUGCGACGGAGGCUCCCUUCAACUUGGUGCCGCAUGUGGACAACAUAGAGACGGCCAACAGCUUUGCUGUCACCAAUGCAUUUUGCUCUCAGUAUUCACGAGGGGUGUUUGCCAUUUUCGGCCUUUACGACAAGCGCUCCGUGAACACGCUGACGUCGUUCUGUGGGGCCCUGCACAUCAGCCUCGUGACACCCAGCUUCCCCACCGAAGGAGAAGGCCAGUUCACCCUGCAGCUCCGGCCGUCCAUCAGAGGAGCUCUGCUGUCACUGUUGGACCACUACGACUGGAGUCGAUUUGUCUUCCUCUAUGACACAGACAGAGGUUAUGCAAUUCUGCAGGCAAUUAUGGAGAGAGCGGGGCAAAACGGAUGGCAGGUGAGCGCGAUCUGUGUGGAGAGUUUCAAUGAGGCAGCGUAUCGUCGCCUCCUUGAGGAUCUGGAUCGACGUCAAGAGAGGAAAUACGUCAUUGAUCUGGAGCCCGAGAGAUUACAGAACAUCCUAGAGCAGGCUGUCAGUGUGGGGAAACAUGUCAAAGGUUUCCAUUACAUCAUAGCCAACCUGGGCUUUAAGGACAUAUCUCUGGAGAGGUUCAUGCAUGGUGGUGCAAACGUGACUGGGUUCCAGCUGGUGGAUUUCAGCAAGCCCAUAGUCAUUAAAUUGAUGCAGCGCUGGAACAAACUGGAUCAGAGGGAGUACCCAGGCUCUGACAGUCCACCUAAGUAUACCUCGUCUCUAACGUACGACGGUGUCCUCGUCAUGGCCGAAGCCUUUCGUACCCUGCGACGUCAGAAAAUCGAUAUAAGUCGCCGCGGUAAUGCCGGUGACUGUCUGGCCAAUCCGGCAGCUCCGUGGAACCAAGGGAUAGACAUGGAGCGUGCCCUCAAACAGGUGCGGAUUCAUGGCCUGACUGGAAAUAUCCAGUUUGACCAUUUCGGCCGCAGGGUCAACUACACCAUGGAUGUGUUUGAACUGAAAAGCAACGGACCACGCAAGAUUGGCUACUGGAAUGACAUUGACAAGCUAGUGUUGGUCCAGAAUGAAAAUGCUCUGUCCAAUGACAGCUCAGCGAUGGAGAACAGGACGGUAGUCGUGACGACCAUUAUGGAAGGUCCCUACGUGAUGCUGAAGAAGAACUGGGAGCUCUACGAAGGCAACGACCAGUAUGAAGGAUACUGCGUGGACCUGGCCUCAGAGAUAGCGAAACACAUCGGAAUCAAGUACAAAAUUUCAAUUGUACCAGACGGGAAAUAUGGAGCCAGAGAUCCGGAGACGAAGAUAUGGAACGGCAUGGUCGGAGAGCUUGUCUAUGGGAAAGCAGAAAUAGCCGUGGCCCCAUUGACCAUCACUCUUGUCAGAGAGGAGGUGAUUGACUUCUCAAAGCCCUUCAUGUCUCUGGGAAUAUCCAUCAUGAUCAAGAAGCCCCAGAAGUCUAAGCCUGGAGUUUUCUCAUUCCUGGACCCACUGGCCUACGAGAUCUGGAUGUGCAUCGUGUUCGCUUACAUCGGAGUCAGCGUGGUGCUGUUUUUGGUGAGUCGAUUUAGUCCCUACGAGUGGCAUGCAGAGGAGCCAGAGGAGGGCGCCACAGAGCCGGGGCCCACUGACCAACCACCCAACGAGUUUGGCAUCUUCAACUCUCUGUGGUUCUCACUUGGAGCUUUCAUGCAACAGGGCUGCGACAUCUCGCCACGGUCCCUAUCGGGAAGGAUCGUUGGAGGUGUGUGGUGGUUCUUCACCCUCAUCAUCAUCUCCUCUUACACAGCCAACCUGGCCGCCUUCCUCACCGUGGAGAGGAUGGUCUCACCUAUAGAAAGUGCGGAGGAUUUGGCCAAACAGACAGAGAUAGCCUACGGGACACUGGACUCAGGAUCAACCAAAGAGUUCUUCAGGAGGUCCAAAAUAGCCGUAUACGAGAAGAUGUGGUCGUACAUGAAGUCCGCCGAGCCCACUGUCUUCACCAAAACCACGGCAGAAGGUGUGGCCAGGGUCCGAAAGUCCAAGGGGAAGUAUGCCUUCCUCCUGGAGUCCACCAUGAACGAAUACACGGAGCAGCGCAAACCCUGUGACACCAUGAAAGUCGGGGGGAACCUGGAUUCCAAAGGAUACGGCAUUGCUACGCCAAAAGGCUCACAGUUAAGAAAUGCGGUCAACCUGGCCGUGCUAAAGCUCAACGAGCAGGGCCUGUUGGACAAAUUGAAAAACAAGUGGUGGUAUGACAAAGGAGAAUGUGGCAGCGGGGGAGGGGAUUCCAAGGACAAGUCUUCACAGGCCCUGAGCCUGUCCAAUGUGGCCGGGGUCUUCUACAUCCUGGUCGGCGGCCUCGGGCUGGCCAUGCUGGUGGCCCUGGUCGAGUUCUGCUACAAGUCCCGGGCCGAAGCCAAGCGCAUGAAGCUGUCGUUUUCUGAAGCCAUGCGGAACAAGGCCCGUCUGUCCAUCACAGGAAGUGUGGGGGAGAACGGCCGUGUCCUGACGCCAGACUGCCCCAAAGCUGUGCAUGCCGGCCACGCCUCCCUCCGACACCCCGGCCUUGCAGUGGUCUCCUCCGGACUGCCCUGAAAACCAAAAACACCUCCCGUGCCUUAUUAACACGCAUACAGACUAUGAAACGGACAAACACACACACACACAAACACACACAGACAUCUAUAUGUGCAUACAUACGAACAUACAGUACCAUUCAAUCACACACACAUGCAUAAAGCUAAGCUCAACACACAAAUACUUAAACACACAUACUUGAAUACACCGACACUGCACAUCGCCAUUUCACUUUUCCUGUUGCCAUAGACCUAUUUUACAAGAGAUAUAAGACUGUGCAUUGACAUGUUCACCAGUGAAGUGGGUAGGGGCGGGGACGGGAGGGGAUGAAUGAACUAUUAUGAUUGGCUGCAACUCUUUUGGAGCGGGUGAUGGGGGGAGAUAUUGUCCCGAUAUCUUCAAAACAAGAGGAAAGCCAACGCAGAUGUCCA